AUGUCACUGUGCGCCGCUGUGCACAAAGAACUCCACGUCUUUGCUGAUGCAUCAGACGUGGCAAUCGCAGCAGCAGCCUACUUGAGGCUAUCAAACGGUGAUGGACAGUGUCAAGAUGUUAGUUUCGUCAUGGGGAAGUCGAAGCUUGCACCAAUUCAUGCUACUACGAUACCGCGUCUAGAGCUUUGUGCUGCAGUGCUGGCAGUAGAAAUCUUUGAAAUCAUCAGAGACGAAAUCGAUAUAGAACUGAACUCGGUGAGCUUUUAUUCCGAUAGCAAGGUGGUAUUGGGUUAUAUCAGGAAUGAGACCAAAAGGUUUUACGUCUACGUGAGCAACCGGGUCGAGAGAAUCCGAAUCUCUACUAUGCCAGAUCAGUGGCGCUAUGUCCGUACAGACUUGAACCGGCAGACCAUGCCACGCGCCAGUUUCGGCGCAGACCUUGAUGGCACAACCUGGCUACAGGUCCGAGUUCCUGAAAGAUGA